AUUAUUAUGCAAUUCUGUAGUGUACAGACAAUGUGGAGCCGCGAAAACGGAUGAGCGAGGGCAGCUCGUGUCGUGCAACGUGUCGUACGAUGAGGAUAGGUCCAACGAAUCCGACAUGAUGUCGGAUUCAUUUGUUCACAACGGAGUCCAAAAAUAUCGCUCCGAGGAGUUCAGGAGAAAUGGCACAGCGCUUGUCGGCUGCUGUCAUCAGAGCGGUGAGAAAUUGUAGCGAAUAUCACCUCCGCAGGUGCCGCGCAGCUCCAAAUGGUGGAGCAUUGCAGUGCUGGGAAGACGCUCAGGGUCACCCCCGAGUUUUCAACCAUGCGGUCGCGGCGUUCAGGCGAUCAUCGAGUUCUUACGAAGGGUCUGGUGAACCGUAUAUCCCAGAGCGUGUUAAAGGAAAAGACAGAUUGAUAAUUCGGGGCGGUAAGUUUCAAGGCUAUCACGGUGUGAUUGAUGAGGAGAAGAUAUUGGGACAGAAGUUCAUGGUCGACGUGGAUGCGUGGGUAGAUCUCAAAAAGUGCGGCACCUCCGAUGAUGUGAACGACACUGUGAGCUACGCGGAUGUUUUCAGGUGUGCGCCAUCAGUUUCUUUGUUGAACUUGACCGAGCCGAGGCGUUUUGAUUUCGAAGAAAAAAAAUCUGAAUUGGUGAAUCAGACAGAAUCGUGUAGCUUUCUGCCCCUUUUCCCGCAUUGACCUGCUGCACGUAAUUCCCUAAGGAAUCAGAUGGCUCCGCAUUUGCUUACCUGUUUUUAUUAACCACUUGGAUGUACUUAGUAUCAUGCAGAAGAUCGUGGAAGGUCCGACAUUUGAUCUGGUAGAAAAAGUAGCUCAUGAGAUAGCUCGCGAGGUGUUAGCAGCACAUCCGUCCAUAACGGAGAUGCGCGUCAGGGUUUACAAACAGGCCCCGCCAAUAACUGGUUACGUGGAAAGUCUGGGCAUCGAAGUCUUCCGAACUCCUUCGGACUUCGUCAGCAGAAGUUAGUCAAUUUUAGAACUAUGUCCUCUACUAUCAACUGUGUAGCAAAGCCUGACAUUCAGGAACUUACAAAGAUAGGAACGCUAAAGGUAAACCCGUGGUGUCAUACUCUGUACGCGGAACUCCAUCUCCAGCUGCUUUCAAAAUUGUGGGGAUCGAAUGUUCAUUUGAGGUUCCAGCAUAAUACCGAAAGUGCGGCUUUAGUUGGUGAGUUCAAUAGAAACUUUUUGUUUCUUCAUUGUUUUUUGGGGAAUAAAGUUGGAGGAGAGAACUGGAAUGG